AGGCGCGCUGCGGGCCGUUAGCUGUCAGGAGCCGAGCGGCUGGCGGGCGGCGGGAUCCGACGUCUGCGCUGGAAGCGGCUGACAGAACCCAGCGCGGCAGGGGCGGCUAGGGCGGCGCGGCCCCCCGGCUCCUCCCGCUAGGUCGCAGAGGAGAGCAGGGACCAACGGGCGGCCGGCGGCGCUGGCAGGAUGGGGAACCGGGAGAUGGAGGAGCUGAUCCCGCUGGUGAACCGUCUGCAGGACGCCUUCUCGGCGCUGGGACAGAGCUGCCUGCUGGAGCUGCCGCAGAUCGCCGUGGUGGGCGGCCAGAGCGCCGGCAAGAGCUCGGUGCUCGAGAACUUCGUGGGCAGGGACUUUCUUCCUCGAGGGUCGGGCAUUGUAACCAGACGGCCUCUUGUGCUGCAGCUUGUUACUUCCAAAGCAGAGUAUGCUGAAUUUCUACAUUGCAAAGGAAAAAAAUUUACAGAUUUUGAUGAAGUUCGCCAUGAGAUUGAAGCAGAAACAGAUCGAGUGACUGGAAUGAAUAAGGGCAUUUCUUCCAUACCCAUUAAUUUACGAGUCUAUUCUCCACAUGUGUUAAAUCUCACACUUAUCGACCUACCUGGAAUUACUAAAGUGCCCGUGGGAGAUCAGCCACCAGAUAUUGAGUAUCAGAUCAGAGAAAUGAUUAUGCAGUUCAUCACGCGGGAGAACUGUCUCAUUUUGGCUGUUACUCCAGCCAACACCGAUCUUGCAAACUCAGAUGCAUUGAAGCUAGCUAAAGAAGUUGAUCCUCAAGGUUUAAGAACCAUUGGAGUCAUCACCAAAUUGGAUCUUAUGGAUGAAGGAACAGAUGCCAGGGAUGUUCUGGAGAACAAGCUUCUGCCUCUUCGCAGGGGUUACGUGGGGGUGGUAAACAGAAGCCAGAAGGACAUAGAUGGGAAGAAGGACAUUAAGGCUGCCAUGUUGGCGGAAAGGAAAUUUUUCCUCUCACACCCAGCUUACAGACAUAUUGCUGAUAGGAUGGGGACCCCACACCUGCAGAAGGUCCUUAAUCAGCAACUUACCAACCACAUUCGAGAUACCCUGCCGAACUUCAGGAACAAACUACAGGGACAGUUGCUCUCCAUUGAACAUGAAGUGGAAGCCCAUAAAAACUUCAAGCCCGAAGACCCCACCAGGAAGACCAAAGCGUUGUUGCAGAUGGUUCAGCAAUUUGCUGUGGACUUCGAGAAGAGAAUUGAAGGGUCAGGGGAUCAAGUAGAUACGCUGGAGCUCUCAGGAGGGGCUAAAAUUAACCGUAUUUUCCAUGAACGCUUUCCUUUUGAGAUAGUAAAGAUGGAGUUCAAUGAGAAAGAAUUACGAAGAGAAAUAAGCUAUGCAAUCAAAAACAUACAUGGUAUCAGGACGGGGUUGUUUACUCCAGACAUGGCAUUUGAAGCAAUAGUCAAAAAACAAAUUGUAAAGCUUAAAGGACCGUCCUUGAAGAGUGUAGAUCUGGUAAUACAAGAAUUAAUCAAUACCGUCAAGAAGUGUACCAAAAAACUGGCAAACUUCCCCAGACUCUGUGAGGAAACAGAAAGGAUUGUUGCCAACCAUAUUCGUGAGCGAGAAGGGAAGACAAAGGACCAGGUACUGCUACUGAUUGACAUCCAAGUCUCUUACAUCAACACCAACCACGAAGAUUUCAUUGGAUUUGCAAAUGCUCAGCAGAGGAGCAGUCAGGUUCACAAGAAAAACACAAUUGGAAAUCAGGGAACCAAUCUUCCGCCUUCAAGGCAAAUUGUGAUUCGUAAGGGAUGGUUAACCAUCAGCAACAUUGGCAUCAUGAAAGGAGGCUCUAAGGGAUACUGGUUCGUCCUUACUGCUGAAAGCUUGUCCUGGUACAAAGAUGACGAGGAAAAAGAAAAGAAGUAUAUGCUUCCCUUGGACAACCUGAAAGUUCGGGAUGUGGAAAAAAGCUUUAUGUCUAGCAAGCACAUCUUUGCACUUUUUAAUACAGAACAAAGGAAUGUAUACAAAGACUAUCGCUUCCUUGAGCUGGCAUGUGACUCACAGGAGGAUGUGGACAGCUGGAAGGCAUCUCUACUAAGAGCUGGGGUUUAUCCUGAUAAAUCUUUAGGGAACAACAAAACUGAAAAUGAUGAGAAUGGCCAGGCAGAAAACUUUUCCAUGGACCCACAGUUGGAGAGGCAAGUGGAGACCAUUCGCAACCUCGUAGACUCCUACAUGUCUAUCAUCAACAAAUGUAUCCGAGAUCUAAUUCCAAAAACAAUAAUGCACCUUAUGAUCAACAAUGUUAAAGAUUUCAUCAAUUCGGAGCUCCUAGCACAGUUAUAUUCUUCGGAGGACCAGAACACUCUGAUGGAGGAAUCUGCUGAACAGGCGCAGCGCCGGGAUGAGAUGCUUCGAAUGUACCAAGCCCUUAAAGAGGCCCUCGUGAUCAUUGGUGACAUCAACACCGCCACCACUUUCACCCCUGCACCGCCUCCUGUGGAUGACUCCUGGAUACAGCACUCCCGAAGGUCACCCCCUCCGAGCCCCACCACCCAGAGGCGGCUGACCCUGAGCGGUCCCCUCACGCGGCCCGCUUCCGGCAGAGGGCCCGCGCCGGCCAUUCCCUCUCCCGGACCCCACUCAGGGGCGCCCCCCGUGCCCUUCCGGCCCGGCCCGCUGCCCCCCUUCCCCAGCAGCAGCAGCGACUGGUCCGGAGCGCCCCCGCAAGUGCCCUCCCGGCCCACCAGGGCCCCGCCCAGUGUCCCCAGCCGGAGACCACCCCCAUCACCAACUCGUCCCACUAUAAUCCGUCCACUAGAAUCCUCCCUGUUAGACUAAACGAAGUGUCUGGCAUGGCAAUUAAUUACUAAUGAAUUAUGCGAAAGCAACAUAUUUGAUCAGUAAAUCAUGAGUAGUCGCAUGUGUGGACAUCAGUAGGCAAGUAACCAGUUUUACUAAUGCAUUAUUGCUCAUCUUCUUUGCUCAUGGUGUAUCAGACCUUUGGAGUUUGACUCUUGAAAACUGCUAACCUUUCGAGGCUUUAUAUGUCGUAUAUUGACCAAGGGUAGGUUUGUAUAGCAGCCCAGUAGUGGGAGACCAUUUGCCUACCCUGGUAUAUAUUGAAAUUGCUUUGGACAAGUUCCCAGGUUAUCCACCAGGUAGCCCAUUAAGUAUAAUUCUUAAGAGCUAUGAGAUGGUGGGCUUAGACCUAAGCCAUACAUACUUAUUUUCCCACAUUCUGUUUGGCUGACAAAAAUUAUGUUGUCUAUUAUUAAUGUUUCCUCCUACUCUAUAAUUACCCAUUAUAGAUCUAUCCUCUUUCCUUUUGCUUUAUUUCAUAGGACUGCUAGGAAGUGUUGUUUUGUUUUUUGUUUUUUUUUUUUAAUUAGGACUCCUUAAGAAUAAAACUUUUCCAGAAGCACAAGGUAGUUUGCAAAGGAAAAGUUAAUGCAUUGCUUGCUCUAGAGAGCUUUUCCUCAUACCACUGUGUUUUGCUUCAUGCUAGAAGCAUAUUCAACAGUGAAUCAAAGCUUAAUUUUUUGGUAGUCAGUGAGUAGAUUUGGCUAGUUUCAGAGUUCAAGGAAGAAGCAAAAUUUCACAUCUCUAGAAGUGUCUGGAAAUAUGUAAUUUCUUCAUUCACAAAUAUAUUCACCUCUUUAUAGAUUACAGUGAAGGUUGACAUGGAAAAUAUUUAAUUUUUGUACUGAUCUCAUUUUAGGCAUGGCUAACUACACUUUGACACUAACUCCGGUUUGUUUAUUUAUUUACUUGGUUGGAGCAAAAAUUUCUCUUUCCAUACUAAUUUGUAAUUCCCCCGUGUAAGAAUUUAUCCUACUUUUAAAACCUGUUUAAUGUAACUUCCUAUCCAUUCUAGGCUUUCUCAGUAGAUCUUGAGAUAUGGUUAUCUGGGAUAACCAUUUUUAAAGGGAGCCCUAGAAUGAAAAUAGAAGUCAUUUAGUAAGAGAUGCCAUGGUUUAAGAGCACUUUUACAGUUGUACAACUUCAGAGUCUCUAUACCAGUCAUUCUAAAAAAAAAAUUUUUUUAAAUGGUAUUAAGACAUUGAAAUCUAAAGCAACUUGGCAAAUGCUAAUAACAUUUCUAAAAUUUACAAAAUCAGUUUAGCUUGGGGGUUAAUAGUUCAGUCUUGAGGCUGAGUUUUGGACCAUGUAGGACCAGAUGAUUAGCAUGUAGGAAACAGCCAGAAGCCAAGUGGAAUUCUGUCUGCUAACUGUUCCCAGACAGCAGAGCAAGUACUCACUGAAUAGUGGCGUCCCAUGACACUAUUUCAUAUUCUACAGAAGUAAAUCAGAUUUCACCAACUGAAAUGUCUCCCUUUGAAAGCAGCAAACAUGAUUUGUAUGUUAACUUAACUUUAAUUUCCUGUGUAGUUUAUACCCAAAGCAGACACCCAUAAACUAUGAAG